CCCUCCCUCCCGGCGCUGGCCUCCGCAGCCGGGGAAGGCCGGGACGAUGCUGGAGACGCUGCGGGAGCGGCUGCUGAGCGUCCAGCAGGACCUCACCGCCGGGUUGAAGACUUUGGGCGACAAAUCAAGAGAUGCAAAAAAAAGGCAGAGAACUAUUCAGUGUUUGCCAGAGUUUUCUGCUGGACUGGAAUUACUCAGCAGAUAUGAAGAUGCGUGGGCUGCCCUUCACAAAGGAGCCAAAGAUUGUGCAAAAGCUGGAGAGCUGGUCGAUAGUGAAGUUGUGAUGCUUUCUGCACACUGGGAGAAGAAAAGAAACAGUCUGCUGGAACUACAGGAUCAGCUCCAACAAAUACCUGGGUUUUUAGCAGAUCUGGAAUGCCUCACAGCAAGCCUAGCCCAGCUAGAGGCAAACUUUGAGGAAAUGGAGAAUCAUCUGUUGUGUCUUGAGGACCUAUGUGAACAGUGUGAGUUGGAAAGAUACAAGUGUAUGCAGACAUUGCAGCUGGAAAACUACAAGAAAACAAAAAGGAAGGAACUGGAGACCUUCAAAGCUGAACUAGAUGCUGAACAUGCACAGAAAGUUUUGGACAUGGAGCACACCCAGCAGAUGAAGCUAAAGGAACGUCAGAAGUUCUUUGAAGAAGCCUUCCAGCAGGACAUGGAGCAAUACCUUUCUACAGGAUACCUGCAGAUAGCAGAGAGGCGAGAACCGAUUGGAAGUAUGUCUUCCAUGGAAGUGAAUGUGGACAUGCUGGAACAGAUGGACCUAAUGGACAUGUCUGACCAAGAAGCACUUGAUGUCUUUUUAAACUCAGGAGGCGAAGACAAUAAUAUGCUUUCUCCCAUGCUGGGGCCUGACACCAACACCUACGUGAAUGAGAUAAGUCUUCAGGUCCCGAGCCAGUCUGAGUUACGACAAAAACUGUCUUCACUGUCAUCAACCUGCACUGAUUCUGCCAGCCAAGAUGCAAGUGAAGGAGAGUCUCCAGUUGUUCAGUCUGACGAAGAGGAAGUUCAAGUGGACACUGCCCUUGCUGCUGUAACUGAAAGAAAGUGUGCUUCAGAUGCUAGUGAUGAAAGUGACUCUCAAACUAUUUGAAUCUUAAAACCAUAUCCUUUAAGAAUGACUUCUGAAUGAAUGAACAAGUGAAUGAAGAGCUUGCCUGUGUAACAAUUUGCUAACCAAGCAUAACAGCCAGAUCUUUUUACUUAGUAAUACUGCCUUUUUACAAAUUGCCAGUCAUAUGGAGGUUGGUUUUUAAAGAAAAAAAAUAUGCCUAAAGCACACACACUUUAACAGUAGUCUUGGGGCUCAGGGGAGCAGUAAAACUGUUGUAUAUACUAUGUAUAAGAGAAUUAAAGGGGAAAGAUAGAAGUUACUUUGACCACUAACCUUUAAAUGGCUGAUUGGAAAUACUUAAGAGUUGAUAUGUAAUACUGAACCCAAAUUGUUCCUUGCAUGUUUUCAGCUGCUGCAACUGAAGAUUUAGGAUCCAAACCAAAAUGAAAAGUUAUUUUCUACUCUUUACUACCUACUGUCUGCCUCCUGCCUUUGUCUACGAAUGCAGCAGUGUUUACUGUUCUCACACUUCCUAUUCAGGACCAACUUAGUUAUUGUAGGUGUUAAGGAAAAAAUAAGAACCUGAAAAGGAGGAGAGAUGCGUAUUGAAAUGUUACACUCCUUGUGGAGCAGGUAUCUUAGCAUUGUGUAAACUCCUCUUUCGAGAUAAAAUAAAGUAUUUCUAUCCCAACC